UUAUGCGAACGAUUCACAGAUGGCGUGUUUAAAAGUGUAUUCUUACUACUCGUGCCAGAGACACUGUCAAGUUAUAACCUAUCGUAUUGUUGACAAUAGUUUGUCAACAAGAUGUCAGUAUUUUAAGAUAAUCUUAUAAUUAUGUUUCAUAGUGACAGCUAACCCAACGCAUCAAAUACAUCGUGUUGUGUCUAUGCCAUAAAAAAAAACUUAAUUAAUAUUCACCGCAUGAUUACAUCCCACGAUCGGAAGUGCAUUAAAACACUUUCGACAGUAGUGCCUAAUAUUUUGUUGAAUAUGUAUUUUAUAUGACAUAGUAAUUUAUUGAAUUAAUAGAUUAAGAAUUGAUACAUUGCAUAAAAAAAAAAGAAAUUUAAAAUGUUAAACCGAUUCAAAUCAGUAUUGAUGAAUGCUGUAGGUGUAAGCGAACUUGACCUACAGUAUCCAAAUGAUUCAAACAAUGAUGUGAUGAUAGAUUAUGUCAAUUCAAAUUUUACGGUAGAAGUGGAAAAUAAGCCUUAUAGUCGACCUAGUUUCCUAGGACUUACAGCCGAAGAAACACAGGUUAGUGCUGAUCAUAGAGUAAGACCUAUAAUAGUCCCAAGAGAUUUAAGCCGAUUACCGUGGUGUGCUGGUUACGCAGAAUGUAUAAAUGCUGGAAAAAGUGUUUGGAAUGAGGAUCAAGCAUCUGCAACACGAGGAGACCUGAAAUUGACUGAUAUGAAUGCUACAUUGCCUUAUGUUAUGUUUUCUAUGUUUGAUGGCCAUGCUGGAUAUCAAGUAGCUCUUACUGCAAGAUUACAUUUACACAGAAUAAUUCUUGAAAGGUUGAUUGCUAUACCAAGUACCGUACUAUUUAAUGAAGACGAAGAAGAAUUUAUAAAAGGUAAAGAUUUAGUUACAGGUGCUAUCGAAUUAGCUUACAGACAAAUGGACCAAAUGGUAGAAGCUCAAGCUCAAAACGGCGGUGGAGGUUGUACAGCUAUUACUAUUCUAUUUCUUAAUGGCAGAUUAUAUGCUGCUGGUGCUGGUGACUCUAGAGCAGUGCUUGUAUUAGGAGAUAGUCAACGUGCUCUUACUAGAGAUCAUACUCCAGAUUCUGAAUCCAAUCGUGUAAGAGCUUUAGGAUUUUUAAGAAGUCACGAAUUAUUGAAAGGUUACUUCACACCAUUAGAAUUCAAAAAAAGGCCAUUACAAAAGGAAUUGGGAACUAUGGUCCUAUAUAGAGAACCUUAUAUGACUGGUUGGGCAUAUAAAACAUUAUCUCAUCUUGAUUUAAAGUUACCUCUUAUUUCUGGUCAUGGAAAACGAAGUAGAGUUAUGGGUACCAUAGGAGUAACAAGAGGUUUUGGUGAUCAUGGCUUGAAAGCAGCCAAUACAGGUGUCAGUAUCAAACCAUUCUUAUCCUCUCAGCCUGAAAUACAAUCCUUAAAAUUAGAGGAUUGCAAUCUCACGGAACGAGAUUGCAUUAUUAUAGCUACUGAUGGAUUAUGGGAUGUUGUUUCUGACAAAACAGCAGCUGCUAUUCUUAGAAAAACACUUGCCCCAGAUACGCCUUCUUUAGAAUAUAGGCUUACAAUGGGUGCACAAGAAUUAGUACAAGCUGCUAGAGGUCGAUUAAUGGGAAGAACAUGGGUGGGAAAAUCUGAAAAUUCUAAUGAAAACGAAGACAAACUCGCCCCAAUGGCUUCGGUUGAUGACAUAAGUGUAAUGGUAGUACCAUUGUAUCCAUAUCUCUGCGAACAUAAACAAUGGUUAAAGUCAAUUCAGCAGGAAAGAAAGUAUUCUAAUGAUUCCUCACACAUAUCUAUCAAUAAUUCGAUACAAUAAUCAUUUAUAAUUGAAUUAUUAAAAGUGUGCAUACAAAUAUUAGUUGCUCCUAGAGAGUAUAAUCUUAUGUAUAUGCAAAUAAUACUAAUUAGUGAUUAUUUACAUUUGACAAGAAAAAAAAUUUUAUUUGUACUUUCAUAUAUAAAUUUUAAUCAAUAAUUUCGUAAAAAUGGUGAAGUGUGUAUCAAAAUGGUUAUUUAUU